UAGAAAGGUCCACCUACACACGCAAAGAAGCCUUGUAGUUUGGUCAAACUCUGUUUGUGGUGAAAAGGUCUUGCCACUAACCCUUGUUCUUGUUUAUUGAAGCAUAAGAGGAAUAGUGUUUGUUCAAUGGCGUAUGUCGAUCAUGCUUUCUCGAUAUCCGACGAGGAUAUAAUGAUGGAGGGUUCUCAUGCCGACAACAAUCGUGGACCCAUCAAAGAGAUCGCUCUUGCUGUUGCCCUUCUUGUAUUUGGUACCCUUGCUAUUUUUCUAGGUAUUUUCAUGGCAAUCAAUAAGGUCGGCGGCGAUACAGCUCAUGGGCUUUUUUUCGCUAUACUUGGUGGAGUUCUCUUUAUACCAGGGUUCUACUAUACACGGAUUGCAUACUAUGCUUACAAGGGUUAUAAAGGUUUCUCUUUUUCCAAUAUACCUCCCGUCUAGAGCUCCAUACAUUGUACAGCUACCUCAUUUACUCUCUUUCCUCCACCUAGAUAAGCUUGUAAUCAAAAUGAAAAAAAAAAUAGUGUUGCCUGGGAUAUUGAACCAUUACUUGCUAAACUAUGUACUCUUUAACUCAGUAUGGACGAUGUAAUAAUACGAGUGCUUGUUAGUUUUUUGCUGUUUUUCAAUACAACCAUAACUUUUUCUUCCAA